AUGGGGGCUGUCCAGUAUGACUCGGGACGGGAUGGGUACAUUGACCUGAUGGAGCUGAAGCUGAUGAUGGAAAAGCUGGGAGCCCCGCAGACCCACCUGGGGCUGAAGAACAUGAUCAAGGAGGUGGAUGAAGACUUUGAUGGGAAGCUCAGCUUCCGCGAGUUCCAAGCAGCGGGGGAGCUCGAGGAGGACAGCGGCCUGUUAACUCUUGCGAAGCUCUCAGAGAUAGAUGUCUCCAUUGAGGGAGUCAAAGGAGCCAAGAACUUCUUUGAAGCUAAGGUUCAAGCCCUCUCUUCAGCCAGUAAGUUUGAAGCAGAGAUAAAAGCUGAGCAGGAUGAGCGAAAGCGGGAAGAGGAGGAAAGGAAACACCGCCGAGCUGCUUUCAGGGAGUUGAAGUCUGCAUUUACCCAGUAACCGACCAGCCAAUAUGCACUCUGAAAUUGCACAUGACUUGGUACGUUUCCCAGAUCAGGGCUCUACCUGGAGAGAACUGCCUGGAUCCUGCCUAAAACUCAUUACAGCUUUGUUAGCCUUCCUUUCCUGAAGAUCCUCCUGAGUUUAAGGGCACAGUUCUUGCAGUUACUAUGCAUUCAUAACAGUGUGAAUCCUAAGAGCUGUGCACAUGCUGUUUUGCUCUGAACUGUCAGGAGCACAUCACCUUGAAGCAGAAACAGCAGGUAGCAAAUCAUGGGUGAGCACUGACAAGUGUCGUGCUUGCCUACUUUAUUCUUUCCUUAUUUUCUAUACAUUCUUUUUCUCUUAACACCAUGUUAAUUAAUUCUGUGCUUGCAGGCAAGUAGUGAGGUCUUGUGUAAAUCAGGGUGUACAAAUUACAGCUUGACUUCCUGUAUGUUUGUACUGCUGUUGGGUGUUGUCACCCUUUUCUUUCUCAAAGCCCCGUGCCACAGGCACUGUGAAAACACUGUGAAGAGAGUAAGAUGGUUACCAGGGACAUGGAUCAAAUGAGUUACCAUUUCCUGUAGUAUUUUCU